AUGUCUCCUAUUGAAGUACCAGCUAUGAUCUCUGCUUUUCAUGUGUUUGUGCUGUUUUUUUUUUCCUCUUCUGAUUACCUCAACUUCGACACAAGCAAUCUGGUUGUGUAUCUGGGUCGCCAGAGUCAAGAGGAAUCCAACCCCAAUGAAGUGAAUCGGACAGUAACAAGGAUCAUCAGUCAUCCCAACUACAACUCCAUUACUAAAGACAAUGACAUCUGCCUCCUGAAGCUGUCCUCACCGGUGAAUUUCACCGACUACAUUCUGCCCGUCUGCUUGGCGGCCUCAGGCAGCACCUUCUACAACGGCACUGACACCUGGGUCACUGGCUGGGGCACCAUUGGAAGUGGAGUGCCCCUUCCCUCACCACAAAACCUAAUGGAGGUGGAGGUGCCAGUUGUGGGAAACAGACAGUGUAACUGUGAAAAUGGAGUGGGCAGUAUCACAGACAACAUGAUGUGUGCUGGGUUAAAUGCUGGAGGGAAGGACUCCUGUCAGGGUGAUUCUGGUGGUCCACUGGUGAGUAAGCAGAGCAGUCGCUGGAUCCUGGCUGGAGUUGUGAGUUGGGGAUACGGUUGUGCUGAUCCUAAUUUACCAGGAGUCUACACCAGAGUGUCCCAGUAUGAAAACUGGAUCAACAGCCAGAUCACAGGCGACCGGCCAGGCUACGUCACCUUCAAGUCCAAUGGAACUGACGGUGACCUCAGCGUCACCUGUCCGAACCUGCCGCCACCUCUGACCACACCCCCUUCAACAACCGAACGUGAGUUCCUGCCAUGUGUAGUGGUGACCCCUCUGGUUGGAGGGGAUAUGAUGUCUAUCUCUGCCCAGCACCCAGAAUAA